AUGCACCUACACGCCGCGGUCGGGAAACUAGUCAGCCGACCGGCCCAGGCGACGACCGUGUCCGGCUCGCCACAACCAAGUCGCCUGUUUUUCGUCACAGAUCGAACAACCGGGAUACGCUUCCUGGUCGACACAGGCGCACAGGUCAGUGUGAUACGCCCUCACCCCGCUGACCUUUAUCGACAUUCUUCUGUGGAGCUGGUCGGUGCGAAUUGCACGACCAUCAAAACCUACGGCGAGCGUUCACUCACACUGAACCUCGGUAUUCGCCGUAGUUUACCUUGGGUAUUUAUCAUCGCCGACCUUCCACAAUCCAUCAUAGGCAUAGACUUUCUCCGGCAUUUUAACCUGAUGGUUGACCCGGUUGGGCACAAGCUCAUCGACCGUCUCACCACAUGUGAGACUCGCGGGACACCUGCUGAUGUUCCGUCUGUUAGCCCACUCUCGUACGUCCCGAUAAGUUCGUGCGGUUCUCUCCGAAUUUCCGGAGUUGUGCAAACAGCCGGAUACUCUACCUCAGGCGACUACCGACAUUGUACAUCAUAUCGUCACGCGCGGUCCACCGACACACUGUCGCCCUAG